GUAUGAUUAUUAGAAAACAACUGGCAAUUAAUGUGAAAUCUGAAUGUAUAAAAAAAGGGUUGAAAAUGUCGUGCUUCUAUUUCGUACGAAAGCUCUUGAAAGAUGGUUUAAUUUCCCGACCUUUACUGCUCUAUGGUUCAAGAAGUAAACCAACACAAUGUCAAAUUUCACAGGAAAUGGUGAAAUCAAAACCAUUUUCUUCUACACAAAAAACUUAUUGUGAAAUGAAACGUCAGCUUAAAGCUCAACAAAAAGCAAAGGAAAAAGCAGAGAAAGCAGCAAAAGCAUUGGAAAAUGCCCCAAAGGAGGUUAAACCUGAAAAAACGGCUUCCAAAGAAGAAGAAACGUUGGAUCCAAAUCAAUACCUUCAAAUCCGUAAGAACACAAUCACAACUUUGCGUCAAAACAACAUUGAACCAUACCCCCACAAAUUUCAUGUUUCUAUAUCACUAAGUGACUAUGUGGAGAAAUACAACAACAUUGAAGUAGGUUCCCACUUAAACGACCAACAAGUCAGCAUUGCAGGUAGGAUUCAUGCGAAAAGGGAAGCAGGUCCAAAAUUAAUCUUCUAUGAUGUUCGUGGUGAUGGUGUCAAACUACAAGUGAUGGCCAACUCAAAAAUGUAUUCAUCGGAGGAAGCUUACCAAGAAAUCAACGAGAGGACACGAAGAGGUGACAUCAUCGGUGUUAUCGGACAUCCUGCCAAAACAAAGAAAGGGGAACUCAGCAUUGUUCCGAACACAAUAGAAAUCUUAUCUCCAUGUCUUCACAUGCUUCCUCAUCUUCAUUUUGGUUUGAAAGACAAGGAGACUCGGUACAGACAGAGGUACUUGGAUCUCAUCAUGAAUGAUCAGACACGGCAGAAGUUUAUAACACGAGCAAAAAUCAUUUCUUAUAUACGUUCUUUCUUUGAUCAAAUGGGAUUUUUAGAGGUUGAAACACCCAUGAUGAACAUGGUAGCAGGAGGAGCUACUGCCAAACCAUUCAUCACUCACCAUAAUGAUUUAGAUAUGGACCUUUACAUGAGGGUAGCACCAGAACUUUACCUGAAGAUGUUGGUUGUUGGUGGGUUGGAUCGUGUGUAUGAGAUCGGUCGCUUGUUUCGUAACGAAGGUAUCGACAUGACGCAUAACCCGGAGUUCACAUCGUGCGAGUUUUACAUGGCCUAUGCUGAUUAUGAGGAUUUAAUGAAGAUAUCUGAAACUCUUAUUUCUGGAAUGGUGAAACAGAUCUGUGGAUCGUAUAAACUCACUUAUCAUCCUGAUGGUCCGGAUAGCGAGGGAUACGAGGUGGAUUAUACUCCUCCCUUUCGCAGACUUCGGAUGUUGCCGGAUCUAGAGAGAUUAACCGGGAUGGAGUUUCCAAAACCAACCGAACUUCACACAGCAGGAGCUCAGGCACGACUCGAUGAGAUUUGUGUCAAACUUGGAGUGGAAUGUCCCCCUCCACGUACUACUGCACGCUUGCUGGAUAAGUUGGUUGGUGAUUAUCUUGAGGUAAAUUGCAUCAACCCAACUUUCAUCACCGAACAUCCAGAGAUCAUGAGUCCUCUUGCUAAGUGGCAUCGAUCCAUCAAAGGUUUAACUGAGAGGUUCGAGUUAUUUGUAAACAAGAAGGAAAUAUGUAAUGCUUAUACUGAAUUGAACGAUCCAAUGAUACAACGACAAAGAUUUGAACAACAAGCUCUGGACAAAGCAGCUGGUGAUGAUGAAGCUCAAAUGGUAGAUGAGAAUUUCUGCACAGCCCUUGAAUAUGGUUUGCCACCAACUGGUGGUUGGGGUAUGGGCAUUGAUAGAUUGACGAUGUUUCUAACUGACUCUAAUAAUAUCAAGGAGGUUCUUCUCUUUCCUGCCAUGAAACCUGAUGAUCAAGUUCCUAAAAAAGCAGAGGAUUCUCCUUCCACUUGAAUAUGGCUUCUUGACUAACUAUAGAUUUAGCUUAGUUAAAUGGUUUUGUGUAAUUGCUUGAAAAGUUAGUCCAAUUUCUGUAUUGCAAAGUUCAUAAGGUUGUUUAUGGUGGUAAACAAGUCUGUACAACUCUUGACUUAUCAGUUAGGAUUAAAUAUAGCAUGUAAAAAUUUAUAGCACAUUCUGUUGUAAACAAGCUGCUGUCCACGUUUGUUGCUCUUUCCAGCACAUACAUAGGUAGUAGGUACAUUCAAAAGAAAUUAUUCUGACAUAGUGUAAUGUUCCUAAUACAAAAUUCUAGACUUGGUUGUUUUUAUGGUUGUACUUGCUUUCUAUUAAGGAUAAAGACAUGUCCUUGGGUAAAUAAAAAUCUGCCAAAAUAAA